UACAACACAUAAACAGGUCCCAUGACCGGUGCCCGGACGGCUCCUCGAAUGCCUACGUCACCGAGAAGCUGCGGCGGAGUUGUCGCGAGAAUGUGAUUUCCCAACCAGCAGUGUGCGUGACAGGGACAAGUAAGAUGGCGACGCAGGAGAGCGAAGCAACGCAAGCCACCGUGAGCAACGGCGAGGUAAGCAGCAAUGGAACUGCUGCAGCAACAGAUGGCCAAGCAGUGCAGACACCUGCAAAUGCACAAGACCCCCAACAACAACAGCAGCAGCAGCAAGCACCUAAUGCAUGGCAGGUCAUCAAAGGAGUCCUCUUCAGAAUCUUCAUAAUAUGGGCAAUCAGUAGCUGGUUUCGUAGAGGGCCAUCCACCCCAGACCCCAGCACCCCAGCAGGUGCCCCAAGGGUACCCAGCCGUAACCUCUUCCCCAAGGACACCCUCAUGGACCUGUAUGUGUAUAUCUCCCAGGAAGAGGUAUUCUCUGACUUCAACAACACAGAGGCCCUGUUCUGGUUCCACAGAGACCUUGUGUAUGGGGACUGGAACACAGGGGAGAAUGGGGACGGGUGCUACGAGCACUACAAAGAGCUGGACAUCCCCGAGAAAGUGCAACAGAAUGGCUCCUUGAAUAUUCAUGUCUACUUCACCAAGAGUGGGUUCCAUCCAGAUCCCAAACGAAAGGGGCAGUAUCGCAGAUUGGCAACAGUUCAUUCAACUCGAAUGCUGAAUAAAUUCAAGCGCAGAAAGUUUUUGAAGACCAAGAAUCUGCUCACUGGAGAAACAGGAGCAGAUCCCGAAAUGAUCAAGCGGGCAGAAAGCCAUGGUCCUGUGGAGGUCAUCUCUCAUUGGCACCCCAACCUAACCAUCAACAUGGUGGAUGACCACACAGCCUGGGUCAAGGGUCAAAUUCCCUCACCACUUGACCAACAUGUUAAGUUUGAUGCAGUGAGUGGGGACUACUACCCCGUUGUGUACUUCAAUGAUUAUUGGAACCUUCAGAAGGACUACUACCCCAUCAAUGACACCCUGCAGAGCCUCCCUCUGCGUCUCACCUACUGUCCACUGUCUUUAUGGCGUUGGCAACUGUACGCUGCCCAGAACGCUCGCGCACCGUGGAAUUUCCUACCUGAUGACACCUAUGAGCAAAAUGAGGAGGACCAGGAUUCUGUCAAGGUGGCCCUUCUGGAGACCAGCCCCUACCUCUUGGGACUGACUAUUGUUGUAUCCAUUGUACACAGUAUCUUUGAGUUCCUGGCCUUCAAGAAUGAUAUUCAGUUCUGGAAUAGCCGCCAGUCUCUGGAAGGCCUGUCGGUCCGCUCCAUCAUCUUUGGGGUAUUCCAGUCACUGGUGGUGUUGCUGUACAUCCUGGACAAUGAGACCAACUUUGUGGUGCAGGUCAGCGUCUUCAUCGGUCUCCUCAUAGACUUCUGGAAGAUCACCAAGGUCAUGGACGUCAAAUUGGACAGGGAGAAUAAAAUUGCUGGGAUAUUCCCACGGGUGGUAUUCACAGACAAGUCCACGUAUGUUCAAUCUUCAACCAAAAUCUAUGAUGAUAUGGCCUUCAGGUACCUGUCGUGGUUGCUCUACCCGCUGGUCGGUGGCUAUGCAGUUUACAGUUUAUUGUACGUAGAGCACAAAGGCUGGUACUCAUGGGUGCUCGGUACACUUUAUGGGUUCCUGUUAACCUUUGGUUUCAUCACAAUGACGCCACAGCUGUUUAUCAACUACAAGAUGAAAUCUGUGGCCCACCUCCCAUGGAGGAUGCUUACCUACAAAGCCCUCAACACCUUUAUUGAUGACUUGUUUGCCUUUGUAAUCAAGAUGCCCAUGAUGUACAGGAUAGGAUGCCUCAGAGAUGAUGUAGUGUUUUUCAUUUACCUGUAUCAGCGCUGGAUCUACCGAGUUGAUCCCAACAGGGUCAAUGAGUAUGGCAGCAGCGGAGCAGACCAUGCCACGAACAGUGACGCUCGGGGAGAGACCACUACCACCACAGCUGCGGCCAUUACAGAUAAACCAGAGGAAGUGAAGAAGAACGAUUAAAGAAAAAGAAAACAAGCAGAAACAAACACUCCCCUAUCUGUCUCCCUUGCUUUCACUCCUGGGGCAAAGAGGACUCGUAGAAGCCAGGCAGGGUCAAAUGUCCAUUUGCCAGCUAAGGGAGUCAUUGUUAUCUGUUAUGGACGUCACUACAACAACAAAACCACAAAAAAACAAAACAAAAAAAGUUAAAAAAAAGUAAACAAAAAAAAACAACAGUUCAACUCUAACUGAUUUCUGUGUGGGGAUCCGCACCGGAUCAUAUUCAGUGUAGACUUGGUUUAAAAAAAAAAAUCUGUUCCCCACCCAUGCCAACCCUCACGUUUUACAGUUCCAGUGAAGUAAAACAAAUUGUGAUGUACUGUAUUCUAUUUGAUUUUGAGAGGGUAACUGUGAUGUCUCGGAGAACAGCUUGGGCGGUGGAACAGGCUGCAGUACAACCACAUAUCAUUUUUUUUUCCAACCACAGGAGACGAAAGAGGUCAAGUGCUUUUGUUCUGCCUGUAGAUUCCUUGUGAACUUUUCUUUUCAUUCCAUUUGAACGUCGUAUUUUGGGUUCCCUGGAAACUGGUGAGUAACGCCAGAAGAAACUGGAAGGGCCCUGAGCCAAGAUGGAGGCCUGGAAGAGGAGUGGUGAAUGGAACCAGGAUUGAUGACCUUGUCUGAACAGAACCCACAACACACUCCGAGCCCUGCACGGGUCAGAAACUCCAGCCCUAGCCCGGCCCAGCCCUGGCCCAUGGUGUUCAAGCCCUAGCCUGGUGUUCAAGCCCUAGUCUGGCCCUGGGCCAAUCCUCGGCCGUGGUGUUCAAACCCUAGCCUGGCCCUGGGCCGUGGUGUUCAAGCCCUAGUCUGGCCCUGGGCCGGCCCUCGGCCGUGGUGUUCAAACCCUAGCCUGGCCCUGGGCCGUGGUGUUCAAGCCCUAGUCUGGCCCUGGGCCGGCCCGUGGUGUUCAAGCCCAAGCCUGGCCCUGGGCCGGCCCGUGGUGUUCAAGCCCAAGCCUGGCCCUGGGCCGGCCCUGGGCCGGGGUGUUCAAGCCCUAGCCUGGCCCUGGGCCGGCCCUCGGCCGUGGUGUUCAAGCCCUAGGUGUUCAAGCCCUAGCCUGGUCCUGGCCCUGGCCCGGCCCUGGGCCGUGGUGUUCAAGCCUAGCCUGGCCUUAAGCCCAACAAAGUCUGCAAUUUUCAGCCCGAGACCGACACCAAUAUCCCGUGAAGCUCUCUGGCGCGCGUUCUGUGCGCCACACGCCAACACACACGGGGCAUGGUCGACUGUCACGUGUAAUGCACGCGUACCUGCGUAUGUAUCAUAUUUAUAAUAUAAUCAGUAUAACAAUAUUUCAUAUUGUGGCCUGUGUGCGCACUACACGUAUAUGGGAAGUUAAAUGAGCCAGAGUCCGACCCGAGCCCGGUCAUUUAAAAAUAAAUAAAUGACCCGGCCCGGUUCGGCACAGCGUGUCGGUAACCGACCAGUUUGCAGACCUCUACUGACUACUACCCUCAACUUUAAAUAAAUGGUUAAUGUUCCGAACUUGAAUGAGAAAUAACAGCCUUGUUGGUAUUAAUAUGGAUAUAUUAAUAUUGUCAAUAAUGACGUUUUCGUUUUGUUGUUCUGUUUUUCAGUCACUGAAUCUCUUUUGUAUGUUCUGAACCUGUACAGUCUCCGCUUGUGACGUUAAACAUACUGAUGUCAAACUGUCUGGCAACACCUCUGUCGCAAGUCUGAUUUCUGCUCCCGGACUUUCUGUCUCGAGUCGUCUCGCGUGCACACUCGCGUCCGGGUCGCUCCGCGUGAACGGGAGACCCGGACUCGGACGUGUGUGGGAGGAAGAACAGCGUCUGUUGUUCGCUGUGAAUUCCGGAAGGAAGGGGACCCCGUGGUGGCACAGACGCUA